AUGUAUGGGGGUGGGAGUUGCGUGGGUCAAUGAUCAUUUUGUUUGGCUUUUAAGCGCCUGUAAAGAGAGGGGAGCUGAGAAAGCUGUCUGAAGCGGGCUCCGAUGCAGACCACCACGCCGGCUGCCGUGUCCGCGGCGAUGGAUGGCGAGCCAGCGGAGCUGCCUGCGCUGUACGGAUGGUCGAUCACCGACAACACUACCGUACGGCUCGCGCUCAACGGCACUGUGCUCGACCCCGACUGCUGCGGUGCCGGCUGGCAGGUGUCCAGCAGCACGUGGUGGUGGUUCGGCUGCAUCAUGCUCAUCGUGUGCGCCCUGAUGGUGGCCACCCUCAAGUAUUGCAGCAAACUGGCGAGUGAUCCCGACGCCGUGGCGCGGCACAAGCAAGCCAUCUACGAACUGGUCCACGGUCACGGCUGAAGAUUGACUGCCAGCCCGCAGCCCCUCGGCGGCUCGCCCCGCC